AUGUCGACAAACGGCACGACAAACGGAAGCAACAAAGAAUUGGAUCCCAACCAAGGAGGCGAUGCGAACAAGAAGACUUAUCACAAACAGCCCACCGGCGAGGCUCUCAAGACCGCCAACGCGCACUCGGCCGACAACGAGCUCACAUUGUACGGCAGCUGCUUUUGUCCCUUCGUCCACCGAGUCUGGAUCUCACUGGAGCACAAGGGACUGCCAUAUGCCUAUCGAGAAGUCGACGUGUACAGGAAGCCCAAAGAGCUCACAGAUAUUAAUCCCCGCGGCCUUGUGCCGGCUCUCCGUCAUGGCGAGUGGGGCAGCUAUGAGUCGACGGUGUUGAUGGAGUAUCUCGAAGAUCUGGACAAAGGCAAACCUCUGCUUCCCCAAGAUCCCAAGCUGCGAGCUGAGAGCCGCCUCUGGUCUGACCAUAUCAACCGCCACAUCAUCCCCGCAUUUUACCGCUACCUGCAAGCCCAGGACUCCGAGGAUCAGGUCAAGUUCGCAGGUCAACUACGCGAACAGAUUGCCAAGCUGGUUGAUGCCGCGGAUCCUCAAGGUCCCUUCUUCCUCGGUGACGAGCUGACGUUCGUGGAUGUGCAGCUCGCCCCGUGGAUUGUGCGCCUGGGCAAAGUACUGAAGCCCUACCGCGGUUGGCCAGACCCAGAGCCGGGAAGCAGAUGGGAGAAAUGGGUGAAGGCGGUGGAGGCAGCGGGACCUGUCCAGCGUACGACGAGUACCGAUGAGUUAUACUUGGACUCGUACGAACGAUACGCUGAGAACAGGCCGAACACGAGUCAAGUGAGGGAGGCGAUCAAUUCGGGGAUGCAGAUGCCGUAG